CUGUUCAUUCUCUGACAAACGAUGCCUCCACGAGGAAACGAAGGCUUGGAUUUCACGCACAUUCUCACCCAUUAUCUCUUUUUCUUUACUUCCAUUAUCUCAGUGCUCGCAUGGUUCAUUGCUUUCAUUUCCCAAGCAAUUGCGACUGCUCAGUUCAGUGAACGUUCUGUAGGCACGGGCUGGUUCGCCAUAUUCCUCCAGUUGUUUCUCAUUCUCGGUGUCAUGCACACCCUCGCAAGCGACUCGAUAGGAAUGCAUCGCCUCCAGAUAUCUGUCUUCGGUGCAAUCGCAACCGUUUUUGCUGUCGUCAGCGUAGAUAACAGCAUCUUCACGGGACACGCUGCUCUCGAUGCAAUGGCUGCUGGCUGGCUCAUUCUAGCUAUAGUAGACAUCCUCUGGGUCCUCUACUUCACAUCGGAGGAAGACUCUAUUGUUCUUUACGUCUUCAACCUGAUGGGCACGGGUGGCCUCACUCCUCCUUCACGCCGCCGGAGAACUCGACAGGCCUCAAUGCACAACAUGGGUAACAACGGUUAUGCAACAAAUUACUCCUCUGGUGGUGGAAUUGGCCCUCACGAUAUCCCGUACGAUACUCACAGUAAGAUUGGUGGUAUGGGUGGUGAUCCAGGUGUUAGGAGCCAGAACAGCUUUGUCGGAGGCGCUAGCAUGGAUGGAGGCGCUCCGCGGAGUAUGGGCCCUGUUGGUGGUGCACCGAGCGUGCAUAGUAUUCCUCCAGGCGGCCCGAGUUCAGUUAGUGGGGUAGAUGCUAACUUGAGUCUCGGAUCACCUCUCAUGGGAUCCGGCGCAGCAGGCGUUGGAGCUGGUGGCGGUGUUACAAGUGGUAGCCCAACGGCUGCAGACACUCAAACAACAGACUCGUACUCAUAUAAAGCGAAAGCUCUCUAUGCGUACACCGCAUCACCCGAUGAUCCCAACGAAAUAUCCUUCGCCAAAGGUGAAAUACUUGACAUCGUCGACAAGCAAGGAAAGUGGUGGCAAGCAAGGAAAAUUGAUGGUACGGUAGGAAUUGCACCAUCCAAUUAUCUGCAAAUCAUCUAAUGGAAGUCCAUUUCCGUAUCUGUGUCUCCUUCUGCUUUUAUACCAAUGCUCUCGUGAACAUUCAUGUCUUAUGUCCGUUCCACAUUUACGAACAUAACAGUUCAUCUUUCAUGACAGUAUUCAGUUGUCCAGACUUUCACUUCCUUUUUAUUUUCUCGCUGAUUGGUGUUUUCUUAUAUUAUCCAUUUUCUUUCCAUUUUCCAAUGAUAUAUACUUCUGCCUUUUGCUACAUUAUCUCGGUUCCAUGCGAUACCAUCAUUCAGGGUUUUAAAAACGCGACGACGUUACUAAUAUCUCGUAGUUGGUUUACGUACUCAGCAACACUCUGUCUCUAUUACUAGGCCGUCGCAAAGCGCCGUCUCAAACCUUGCUUGAUCUCAGCGGACUAUGAAUCAGAAUCAUGUUUAUUAUGCUACUGUUUUAUU